UCUUAUUUUAAUUUAUAUUUAAAAAAAAAAUCUUUUUUAAAAUAAUUUACAUUUAUAAUGAGUAGUUUAUCUUUAUCUUCUUCUUCAAGCAAUGCCAUUACUAUGAUGGAUUCUCAAGAGAUAGUAGAAGAUGAAACCUUAUUUAGAGAUUUAGAGUUAGAAAAUACUAAUACUAUUAUGGAUUCUCAACAGAAGAAUGAAGAUGAUAAUCAAAAGGCCGAUAGUAUUCACAAUGCAGUAGAAAAUAGUUAUGAAAUCAUAAACAAUGAAGGAAUCAAUAUUCGUGGGUUUGACACAGAUUCAGAUAUAGAGCCUUUGACUAGCCAAGAUGCUAUUAUAUGUGACUUAUCACAAAUUUCAGAUAUAUCUACAUCUAGUAAGUUAAAUAUUUCCAAUGUAUUCAAGAUGACUCCGAAAAAAUCUCGCCGAAAGUGUAUAUACUGCAAUACACAUUACAGUUUAAAUACAGCCUCAACAAAUUAA